CCAAACACUUUUUUGCCUGAAUGCAGAGUGGACCCAGAGCGGAAAAGAACACUUUGCCAGGACUGUAGAAGCCACCCUCCACGAAGCCACCGCGGCUCAUCUGCUUCUCCGGCAGGGCGGAUCGCCGUCGAGGCGGAAGCGGCCAAGCGCGCCGACUGCGCAAGCGCCACGCGAUGCCUUCCUCCCCCGUCGUCGUCCUCAGCGACACCGAAAGCGGCGGCGACGGCGACGCCGUCUCCGACAUCGCGCCCUCGAGGCCCGCCGCCGAGCGCAUCGCCUCCACCCUGAGCACCCAGGCCGCGGUCGACGCCCUCUGCAAGAAGCACGGCGUGCCGGCGGAGUUCGCCCGGCGCCCCGCGGGCGAGCUGCGCGCGUGCAGCGUGCCGCCGCCGGGGGCCGUCUGCGUGUACGCCCACGCGCUGGAGGCCGGAGUGCGCUUCCCGCUGCACGCGUUCUUCGGGAAGGCGCUCGCCCACUUCCGCCUCGCGCCGGGCCAGCUCACGCCCAACGGGUGGCUCGUCCUCGUCGGAUUCGUCGUGCUCUGCCACGAGGCCGGCGUGCGGCCGUCGACGGCGCUGUUCCGGCACUUCUUCUCCCUGUCGACAUGGAAGAACGGGAACGGCUGGUACUUCUUCCGCUGCAGGGGAAAGGGAGCCGCGCCGACGCUCUUCACUGGCCUUAGCUGCUCCAAAUUUGAGAGUGAUUGGAAAGGCAGGUUCUUCUUCCUGACGUCGCCGGGGCCAUGGCCGUGCCCCGUGAACUGGGGCGACUCGCCGCCCAAGAGCUCCGUCGCGGAUCCGGUGCUUAUGAGCCAGCAGGAGUCGGCGGGUAAGCUGCUACAGGCACACGGCGUCCCGCUUGACCUCCGGGUUUACCUCCGCGAUGCAAAUCUUGCUGCGGUCUUCUCCUCCAACCCCGUCGGCACAUCACCACCACCACCUCAGUCUUCUCCCCGUUCAACUGUUGCCAAAGUGGUGGAUCCACCCGUCCGCGACAUGACUGACAUUAUGCCAGUGGAGAAUACGGCGGCGCCGGCAGCAGGGACGGAGCAGGUGAAAAGCGACGCGCACGGCGACACGCUUCCAUUGUCCGGAAAGAAGAGGAAACGGGAGGAGGCCACUGCAAAAGACGGGCUUGGCUGCGCCGCCCCGGUGUCUGACCCGCGGUCACCGCGCGCGCCCGUGCCCGACACACACGACGGUGACACUGCCGACUGGAAGGUCGCACGGAAGGUGCUGGAGUGCAUCGUCACGCCGUCGCGGGAGGACAAGUUCGCGGCGUCGAAGCCCUCAGACAUCGUCGCGUCGAGCUACGUGGCAAUGCUCCAGGCUGCGAACUACGUGUCCUUCUCCUCGGGCUACGCGCUGGAGCUGGAGGAGAAGCUGGUGGCGCGGGAGCGCGACAACAUGGCGCUGUGGGAGCAGCUGGACAACGAGAAGACGGCGAGGCAGGCCGCGGAGGCGGACCUGGAGAAGGCAAAGGCCGAGCUCGCGGCGGCGAAGUGGGCGACUGAGGCGGAGCUGGAGAGCGCCAGGACGACGGCGGUGCAGCAGUUCAUGGGAUCGGAGGAGCACAAGCGGCGGCUCGCGGAGCAUGCACUGGCGGGGUACGAGCGCGGCGCAGAGGAGAUGAAGGGCGUCGUGCUCCGGCACUACCCGCGCCUCGACGCCGCCAAGCUGGUCCUGCCGCUUGAUUAGCCGGUGCUUUCAACUUGGAGCCGUUUUUGUUGAUCUUUUGUGCAUGGGAAAACUGCUCCGGAGAACUGCGACAUAUGCCUAUCCUAACUUGUUGUUGGUUGAAGGUUUGUUCAUGGUCAAGAUUGAUUUCAUGAGGAAAUCUUGCCUGUUAUCUAGAGACCGCUUUUAUGUGGAAAUCGACUCACUCGUGCAUGCAGUGAAUACUUCUCAAGCUUAGAUAAAAGCUCACCUUUCAUGUUU